AUGGACCGGGACUCCAGUGUGUUGACGGGCCGGGAGGUGCUUAUUGGGGUCACGGGCUUAGCUUCAGUCGUGGUGUUUGGCUGCGCUAUUCGCCUUUCUCACCGACGCGGCGAUGCUGCGCGUCAUGGUUUUCUUUAUUUGCGGAUAGCGCUAGGCGCCUUCUUCGUGUCGCGUCUUUUUGACCUGGCAGCGUUCAUCGUGUCCAACAUCGGUGGCAGCUCGUCUUCGGAUAUGUCAACUAUCAGCUUGUCAGCUAUCAAAGCGAUCCUCGGCUUAACCGCCGUACAUCUGCUCCUCACGCAACUCACCGACGUGUUGAUACUGCUCCUACUCUCACACCUCUGUGUUGGAAUUCUCGUCGCCAAUCUAAACGAAUUAACCCCGAUCGAAAGAGUAGCCAGGCGCAGUAUUCCAAUAGUCGGGAUUGUCCUCUCACUCCUUACAGCCGCGAAUGUCGGCGCGACUAUUUCUUAUUAUACCAUCUCACCAUCAUCGCCAGUGUUCCAAGUGAAUAUGGCGUAUCAAGUGUGCAUAUGCACCGCGUCACUCCUAGUUGGCAGUUGGGCUAUCAGAGUUAAGCUCAAGACUCGAGGAGUGGCUGAGUUGAACCAGGCCUCAGUUUUCCUCCUCGUUUGCGGUUUUCUAUUCGUCGUUUGUACCGCCUACGGCCUACUGAUAUCCGCCAACCCUGGAAAUGGCUCACGUCUGAUAUUCUUGAGCCUCAUUGAUGUGAUAUUCUCAACUUGGCCCGGCUUUAUCAUCCUCUGCCUUGUCUUCGCAAUGAGCACCAAGAAGGCACCGAACGGGCUGUGGACCAGAGUCGAGCCGGAAACGUCGAUCCUAACCGAAGUAACUCCCGAUACGCCGUGGACGAAGAACGCAGAUUACAUGCAAUCCUCCAGGUCGCCAACUCUGAUGAUGUGGGACCCCCAGACCGGGAAGACGUGGGAGGUUCAGAACGCGCAAAUGCAGCAGCAUCCAUACCAAGCCGCCCAAGAACUCGAACAGCCGCCGCCACAGGCGCCUCAGGAGAUGUACACGGCCUUCCCGGAGCUUGAGAGUCCCCAAUCUCCCUAUCCGGUUGCCGAAAUACCUACCAGUCCGGUUCUUCUGCCGAAUACGAUUGCCGGAACGGGCCUGGAGAUGCAGAGAGAGCGGGAGGCGGAACAGAAUAUGGCCACGGCUCAAGGGGGUCAUAACUCAGCUGCAUGUAAUAUCAAGUUGGCCCUCCGAAAGGGUAUGGACUAUUUUUAA